AUGGCCCACUUGGAAUAUAGGUUCAGUUUCUCAUUAGUGAAGGCGCCAAUGUCAAUGCUGUUGAAGAGGGAAAAUUGGACUCCUUUGCACAUCGCAUCCGGAGAAGGUCACUUGGAGUCGCAGUUUUUGAUUAGUAAAGGCGCAAAUGUCAAUGCUGUUGGAGCGGUAAAUUUGACUCCAUUGCACGUCGCAUCUGAAAAUGGUCACUUGGAGGUAGUGCAGUUUCUGAUUAGUAAAGGCGCAAAAGUCAAUGCCGUUGAUAAAAGAAAUUUGUCUCCAUUGCACAUUGCAUGUGAAAAAGGUCACUUGAAGGUAGCGCAGUUUCUGAUUAGUAAAGGCGCAAAUGUCAAUGCCGUUACUAUUAUAAAUUGGACUCCAUUGCACAUCGCAUCUGAAAAUGGCCACUUGGAAGGCGCCAAUGAUAAUGCUGUUAAUGAUGGAUAUGAGACUCCGUUGCACAUUGCAUCUCGAAAUGGUCACUUGGAGGUAGUGCAGUUUCUGAUUAGUAAAGGCGCCAAUGUCAAUGCCGCUAAUGAUACAAAUUGGACUCCCUUGCACAUCGCAUCCGCAGAAGGUCACUCGGAAGUAGUAAAGUUUUUGAUUAGUAAAGGCGCCAAUGAUAAUGCUGUUAAUGAUGGAUAUGAGACUCCGUUGCACAUUGCAUCUCGAAAUGGUCACUUGGAGGUAGUACAGUUUCUGAUUAGUGAAGGCGCCAAUAUUAAUGCCGCUAAUGACCUAAAUAACACUCCAUUGCACAUUGCAACUCAAUAUGGUCACUUAGAGGUAGUGCAGUUUUUGAUUAGUAAAGGCGCCGAUGUCAAUGCCUCUAGUAACGAAAAUUGGACUCCAUUGCACAUCGCAUCCGGACAAGGCCACUCGAAAGUAGUAAAAUUUUUGAUUAGUAAAGGCGCAAAUGUCAAUGCCGUUGCAGAAAAAAUUUGA